AGUCUAAACGCCUCUGUCUGUACUCUCUGUACACCAAAAAUUCGUCAGUACACGUUACGGAGUAUUUAACUGUUAAGGGUUGGGCCUACUUUAUCCUGCUUUCUGACUUUGUAUCUUCUCUUUUUUUAAUUGAACGCCGAAGUGUCAUUGCUCUCUCAUUUUGAAAGACGGACAGUCAAGUCUGUAACUCAAGUUGUUGGAGUUUGACUCCAUUCGUGUGUUGAUUUUUUUGGAUUAAAGACAGUCCGGUCAAAGCUUACUGAUCGUUGUCCAUACUGCUUACUUUGACCGAAUGGAAUCGGAGAGAUUUCAGACAGUGGGAUCUAACUGCAACGAAUAGAGACAUGUGGAAAGGGAUUUCUCAAGAACUCUUAGGUCUUCAUUUGUAUUUCAAGAUCCGGAUCAGGCAAUACGUGUGGAUUUGGGAUUGAAUCUCGACCAUGGGCUCUCUAAAAGCUUUGCAGGACUGGUGCAGGAACCAGUGUGAAAGUUACAAUAAUGUGAAUAUUACAAACAUGUCUUCAUCCUUCAGAGAUGGACUGGCCUUUUGUGCCAUUAUCCAUAGAAACAGACCUGAUCUCAUAGAUUUUGACUCCCUCUCAAAAGAAAAUGUCUUUGAGAACAAUCGUCUGGCAUUUGAGGUUGCUGAGAGUGAGUUGGGUAUUCCAGCUCUGCUGGAUCCGGAAGACAUGGUGUCCAUGGGAGUGCCUGACAGAUUAAGCAUCAUCACUUAUGUAUCUCAGUAUUAUAACUACUUCACCAACAAAUCUCACACUGUCCCCACUUGCAUAAAAAGCCCUGGUGGUCCUGGCCGCAUUAAACCAGCCAUAAAGAGACCAUUUGCUCCUCUGGAGGACUGUGACGCUCAGACUAAGUCGGGUGCAGAUAGCCAAUCAAAACGCAGUACUCUGAGCAGCACCUGUUCCGUCUGUGGGAAGCAUGUUCACCUGGUUCAGAGGAUCCUCAUUGAUGGCAAACUUUAUCAUCGGAACUGCUUCAGAUGUAGGGAAUGCAGCAGAACUUUACUGCCUGGUUCUUACAAGUUCACAGAAGAUCCUGGAUCAUUAGUUUGCACACACCACUUCACUAGAUCUGUCUCCAACAAUAAGAAUGGUCAUUCAGAUAGAAGUAAUCGACUAGUCACAUUAACCUCAACAAGCCCAGAAGAUCCACAUAGUAAGAAUUUAGAAUCUAAAGCAUCACACAGCGAUGUUGAGAUCACCCCAGUGAGAGAAGAAAAAGAAAUAAGUGAAAUAGAAGAAGCAGUAAGUGAGCAGGCAGAUAGCAGGUCAAACGUUGAGAUAGAACCUCGUUCUAAUAGUCCACCAAAUCCUUUUGAUGAAUCUGAAGAGGAGGAUCAGGGCACACAACAAGAAGACCAAAAGGUAUCCGCUAAUGAGGCCAAUGACGAUGGGCCAACGACCAAAGUGAAGGGUACAGCAGCAGAGGGUCGACCAGUACCAGCACCUAGACGGGUAUUUGAGCCCACCCCUGCUCCUCGCCCAAUCCCGAGGCUACGCUCACCCAGACCCUCUGAAAGUCCUACUGUCAAUGAAGAUGCUGACACUCCAAUUCCCCAAGUUCCUUUGCCAAAAGAAAGAUUGCACUCACCUGUUCGCUCUAGCAAGGCAAGUGACACUCCAAAACCAAAAAACCCUCCCUGGCUGGCACUGGUGCAAUCAGAAACAAAGAAGAAACCAGCACCUCGCCCACCCACAGGUAUAGCCCUACCUUCCUGCACUGGUUCAUCUCCAUCUCGAAAGGAGGAGGGAUCCAGACCAUCCACUCCUCCAAAUCCCUUUGAUGAUGAGAAUGAAGAGGAGCCAGAAAAGGAUCCUGAAGAUCCCCCUGGUCCUGUAGUGGCUAGUCAUCCCUGGUAUAGGAUCACUCUGGCUGCUGAAGCCGCAGGUGGGGAAACCAAAACACAAAAUCCUGCCCCUUCAGAAAGUCCCGUAAGUGUCAGAAGAAAGAAGCGACCAGCUCCCAGAGCUCCAAAUUCUUCCACAUCAGCUUUUCCUUCAUCUCAGACUUCCUCUCCUGCUUCUUCUCUAGCUCCGAGCACAGAGAGCCUUUCCUCCUCUUCCUCAGACUACAGUGCUGUCCCCCAGCAACCUGCUGCUAACCAACAGGAUCAUGUGUUCACCAAGAGUAUAUCUGAACCAUCAAUCAACACUCCUACUUCUGCCCUUUCCACAACAACUGAGCUUCAGCCUCACUGUUCUUCAAACCUUUCUCCUCCACCACCACCACCACCACCUACCAAUACCAGCUCAGCACCCGCCACCCCACAAACCAGUCGCAGUAUGAGACCACCUCCAUCCCGCCCCUCUGCAGGGUUAAAACUUUUACCCUCUUCACAGACACCCAGCACUCCAGGCAAGCGCACUUGUAAAGAGAAUCCAUUUAAUCGGAAGACGACCACUUCUGUCAGCUCUUUUGUAUCCAGACCCCCAAAAGGUCCCCGUCCUGCACGACCUCCUGCUCCUGGACAUGGAUUUCCUCUCAUUAAACGCAAAGUUCAAUCAGACGAGUAUAUCCCAGUAGAAGACAUCCAUGUUGAGAUGAGUGACCUGGAGAAACGGUUGGAUGAACUGGAGCGGAGAGGGGUGGACCUGGAGAAGAGCUUACGAGAAUGUUCAAAUGAUGAUGAGGAGGAACAUCUACUUGUUGACUGGUUUACUCUAAUUCAUGAAAAACACCUACUGGUACGGAGAGAGGCUGAGCUGGUCUACACAGCUAAGCAGCAGAACCUGGAGGAAAGGCAGGCCGAUGUUGAAUAUGAGCUUAGAUGUUUACUUAACAAGCCAGAGAAAGAAUGGACGGCAGAAGACAAAGACAGGGAAAAGCAAUUGAUGGCAGAACUUGUCACUAUAAUUGAGCAGAGGAACCAGAUUGUUAACAGCAUAGAUAUGGACAGACAGAGGGAGGAGGAGGAAGACAAACUAGUAGCUGCUAUGCUAAAGAAAAAAGAUUUUCAUGGACACGGUGAGCAGAAGAAGAAAGCAGGGAAAUUUAAGCCCAUGAAGGUUUUGAAGAGACUGAGCACCAAGAAUGAAGGAGUAAAGGACAACAGUCCCCGAAAAGAGAACAGUUGAAGAAUGGACUCAGGGGGAGAGAAAAAUAUCUAAAGUAUCUGAAAUAUUUACAUAGCCUAAUUCUAAUUAUUGCUUUUGAUUACAUUGCUAUAAAACAAAGCCAGUUCAAUUGAAGGUAGUAGCAGCUGAUAUAUAAGUCAAAACUGAACACAGUCUUGAUCAAAGUUUUAUGACUAUCUCUAGAAAGGCUCAGCCACUAUAUAAUCUUACUAUAAUCUGUACAAUUUGAAGUUACAGAAAGCUGAUACUGAUUGUGAUUGAGAUGAUAUUGAGAGUCCAAAAUAACCCUGGGAAAGUUUCACACAUAUCCUUCUUUUAAACUAAUUUUAACAGUGAGAGGAAACUCAACAGUUUUUAAUCCUAAUUUAAUCUGAUUCUCUGAGUUUUUAUAUAUAUAUAUUUAUAUUAUGCAUAGAGGUACUGCUACUUGUAUUUCUCUCCACAAUGAAGAGUGAAAAAAAAACUAGGCCCAACCCAGCCCUUUCAUAAUUAAUUAUAGAAGUCUUGCUGAGAUGAAAGCAGAAAUGAUUAAAUUUGCAGUUUAUAUUAGUUCUGGGGAAAAUUAUAUUAUGUCGAUAUUUCUAUGGGAUUCAGAAUGAUGAUUAUAGAUGCAUAUCAGAUUUUUAUCUGCCUGUCUCUGGUUGCACCAGCUGUGCUUAAUAAAAAAAAGAAGAAAAAAAAACCUUGUUGCAAAUAGGCACUAAAUUACAAUUUGCGCAGUAUUAAAUAUUUGAGCAUUGCGCCAUAAAAUGUAACUACAUGUUUAAUCUUUAGUACACUAAAAAUUUACAAAAGCCUCCGAAUAGGAGUAACAAUUGGAAGAAAAUAGCAGUUUGAUUGAAUUGCAUCAAUUAACUCAUGCUUUAUCUGAAAGAAUUCAAUCCUUGUUGACUGACUUUAAGAAAGAGAACAUUGUGAAAAAAAAUUACUUGGAUCUCUACAACAUGAACCUGAUCUGAAAAGUGCACCGCUGUGUAUCGCUCUGUGCCAAAAUUAAUGCAAUUUGUAUGUGUUUUUUUUUUUUUUGCAUUAGUAUUUAUGUAUUGCUUCUUAUUAAUUUAUUUGUAUUUACAAUGGUAUUUAUAAUAUUAUCGUUAUUUUGUCAUUAAACAUUGUAUUUAAACAGAAAUAAUACUGUACUAUUAGUUAAUUAAGGCAAUAAUAGAGUUAGGAUCAACUUAAAUAUGAUAAACUGAAAUUCUUUAUUGGAGCAUUAAAGGUAAUUUUCAUAUAAUGGGAUGAUGCAAUACUCUACAACCGGCUUACGACUUACUGUCUCCUCCCUUCAGAACAAAAUUACAAAAGGUAGAAUUAGGAGAAUUAGUUACAAACUAAUUAGUAUUCCAAUGUUCCAAUUUAAACAAGAACUUACGAACAGCUGGUGCAACCCUUCCCUGGACAAUAUUUUUAUAUACACAUUAAUUUUAAAAGUAUACUCAUUCAUAGACCGAUUGGCUAAAAAUGCAUUUUGUGGGACAGCCUUUAGAUUUAAUUACAGCCUACAUUUGUCAUGUCAUUGUUUUGACAACCUUAUGCAACAUCACAACAUUUAUUUCCAUCAAGAAAUGCAUUAAUGUUUGGCUGAGAUUGUCUAUUGACAGUCAAAACACUCUCUACCCCAGCACACCCAAAGACUUUCGAUGAGGUUAUAUUCAGGACUCUGGUGGUCAAUUGAUUUGUGAAAAUGAUUCCUCAUGCUACCUGAACCACUUUUUCACAGUUUGAGCCCAAUAAUUCUUGCAAUUGUCAUCCUGGAAUAUGGCCAUGGUGCGACAUGAUCUUCGGUAAUGUUUGGUUGUUUUAAGAGAUAAAAAGCUACACUGUAUUAGUUCAAAUAAUUGUUACCAAACAUAUAACAUGCCAGAAAUAUAUUGAUAACUGCAAUAAUGAUCCAAUUCUAGAUGUUCUGGUCAACCAGUGUAUUUAUUAUGAAUAAUAUUUAACAGAAUAAUAUUGAAAAAAAAAUAAUGUUGAAAAGUUUUUAAAAGAUAUUGUUAAACACUAAAUUGUUAUGGUAUUUACUGACAGAAUAUUAGUUCAUAGAAGAAAUUCAGAAGCAGAUUUCUUUUUAAAAUUUCUGUGGAAAAUUGUUACAAAAUCCUUAAACUUGUAAAUGUAUCUAAUAACCCUCUGAAAUGUCAUUAAGCUUGUUACAGAGUUACCAGACAAAUCUGCACCUAGAAUCAUCGGUGACAGAUAAACGUUAAAAUAAGAGAUAACAUUAAAAUAAGUCUAAACUAUUUUAAUGAAAACAAAAAAGACUGUAACUCGCACAAACGGUGACUGUAGGCAUGUUAAUGUUAUACAAUAAUUAGAGAUGUAACGAUUCAGUCGCAACCGGUUGAAAAUCGAUAAAAAUGUGUGCUUAAAAUAUAGCAGGGCGCGUUUAAAAUGUGUAUCGCAAUUCGUUUAACAUUUCAACCGACUUGAACCGUGACACAUUUUUAUCAAUUUUCAACCGGUUGCGAUUGAAUCGUUACAUUCCUAACAAUAAUAGAUGUUCCUCACUCUUUAAAGCAAUAUGCAAUAUUAAGCUUUAGUUAAAUAAUUUUAAAAUGUUCAAUGUAGAAUGUCGCAUGUUGUGUGUUGGGCCUUAAUCUCUGUAAACCCAAGCAGGAGUAUAUUUCUGAAGGAGUGCCUUUAAUCUGUUUAAUUUAUGUAUGUCCUCUCAUUGGUUAAGUGUCUCUGAAUAUUUUGUUGACAUUUCAGUUUGUGUCUUCUGCAAGUAUUUAAUUUGUAUUUAUCAGAUUUUAGUAUUACAUUUGUAUGUCAGUGUGUGUGCCUGAUCAACCCCAAGGGCUUUUCGUUGUCUUUAAAACAGUCAGUGCUUUUAGGAUGGAGGACAUUAAAAAUAAAAUGACUUCAUGAAACAAAAA